CCACCCUCCCGCCGCCGGGUGACUGCGCAGCUGCCAUGUUAGUUGCUAUGCUGCCAGCGCUGCCCGUGUGAGGCGGGAGGGCGGCUAUGAGGGGAGGAGGCUGCUGUUCCUUCCCCCUUCUCCCCCGCAGACACUCGCUCACUCGCUCGCUCACCAGCAGGGAGGGCGCCUCUGCAGAGCCCCUCGGCCUCUCCCCUCCCCGGUCCCCUCCGCCUCCCGGCCGGGGCUGCGCACAGGGUGGCCGCCGGUGCGUGUGAGGCGGCGCCGUGCCCCGUGAGGGAGAGUCCCGGCUCGCGCGGCCGCCGCUGCGCUGCUCGGCGCUAGCCUGCCUGCCUGCCUGCGCCCCGGCUGCCGCCUCGCCGCCCCCUCCGGCCGGGUGCUGUGAGGAGAGGGGGGAAGGAGAGGCCGGAGGGGGGGUGUCCGCCGCCUUCCUCCCCCGGGCUUCCCCGUCCCUUCCUCCCCCAGCUCUUCCCCCUCCUCCCCCUCCCGGUCCCUCGGCCCAGCCGCCGCAGUACGAUGUGGUCCCCGCCGCUGCGGCUGGGCGCGGGGCGGCUGCUGCGGCUGCUGUCGCUGCUCCCGAGGCUGCGGCUCGGGCGGUCGCUGCGGGGGAACUGAAGGCGGCGAGCGGCGCUCCCGCGCGCGGGGGUGCGGUGCUGCGCGCGCGCGUGCCCGAGCGUCUGCGGCGCGUGCCCGUGUGCGCGCGCGCGGGGGGUCGCGGGGCGGCAGCGGCGAGCGCAGCCCCCGCGCCUCUUCCCUCCGCCGUCCCCGCUCCCCGCUUCAUCUGGAAGGACGUGGCUGUUUUAUGAAGACCCUGUGUGGACAGUAAUGACCGCACGUUUCCGAUUGCCUGCUGGCAGAACCUACAAUGUACGAGCAUCUGAGCUGGCACGAGACAGGCAGCAUACAGAGGUGGUCUGCAACAUUCUUCUCCUGGAUAACACUGUACAAGCUUUCAGAGUUAAUAAACAUGAUCAGGGACAAGUUCUAUUGGAUGUAGUCUUCAAGCAUCUCGAUUUGACAGAGAGAGAUUACUUUGGUUUACAGUUGGCUGAUGAAUCCACUGAUAAUCCUAGGUGGUUGGAUCCAAACAAACCUAUCAGGAAACAAUUAAAAAGAGGAUCUCCUCACAGUUUGAACUUCAGAGUUAAGUUUUUUGUAAGUGACCCAAACAAGCUCCAAGAAGAAUAUACAAGGUACCAGUAUUUUUUGCAAAUUAAACAGGACAUUCUUACUGGAAGAUUGCCCUGUCCUUAUAAUACUGCUGCUCUUCUGGCUUCCUAUGCUGUUCAAUCCGAGCUGGGAGACUACAACCAUUCAGAAAACUUGCCAGGCUACCUCUCAGACUAUUCUUUCAUCCCUAGCCAGCCUCAAGACUUUGAAAAAGAAAUAGCAAAAUUACAUCAGCAGCACAUAGGGUUGUCUCCUGCAGAAGCAGAGUUCAAUUAUCUCAAUACAGCACGUACCUUAGAACUUUAUGGAGUUGAAUUGCACUAUGCAAGGGAUCAGAGUAACAAUGAAAUAAUGAUUGGAGUGAUGUCAGGUGGAAUACUAAUUUUUAAGAACAGAGUACGAAUUAACACCUUUCAGUGGUUGAAGAUUGUAAAAAUUUCUUUUAAGUGCAAACAGUUUUUUAUUCAACUUAGGAAAGAAUUGCAUGAAUCUAGAGAAACAUUAUUGGGAUUCAAUAUGGUGAAUUACCGCGCAUGUAAGAAUUUGUGGAAAGCUUGUGUUGAACAUCACACAUUCUUCCGUUUGGAUAGACCGCUCCCCCCUCAGAAGAACUUCUUUGCACAUUACUUCACUUUGGGUUCCAAGUUCCGGUACUGUGGGAGAACAGAGGUCCAGUCUGUGCAGUAUGGUAAAGAAAGAGCAAACAAAGACAGAGUAUUUGCAAGAUCCCCCAGUAAACCCUUGGCACGGAAGUUAAUGAGUGGAAUGGACUGGGAAGUAGUGAGUAGGAACUCACUGUCUGAUGAGAGGCUGGAAACACAGAGCCUACCAUCACGGUCUCCACCUGGAACCCCAAAUCAUCGCAACUCUGCCUUCGCUCAGGAAGGAGCCCGGUUACGACCAUCAUCAGUUGGACAUUUAGUGGACCAUGUAGUUCACACUUCCCCGAGUGAAGUAUUUGUAAAUCACAGAUCUCCAUCUUCCACUCAAGCUAAUAGCAUCAUACUGGAAUCAUCACCAUCUCAAGAGACUCCUAUAGAUGGGCAGCCUCCUGCGUUACCACCCAAACAAUUUAAAAAGAACAGUUGGAACCAAAUUCAUCAUUCACACUCACAGCAAGAACUGGAUAACCAUAUUAAUGAAACAUUUGAUGUUCCUGCAUCACCUGAAAAAUCCACACCCAAUGGUGGUGUCCCCCAUGACAAUCUUGUUAUGAUCAGAAUGAAACCAGAUGAAAAUGGAAGGUUUGGCUUCAACGUAAAGGGUGGAUAUGAUCAGAAGAUGCCAGUAAUAGUGUCCAGGGUAGCUCCAGGAACACCCGCUGAUCUCUGUGUCCCUCGUUUGAAUGAAGGAGACCAGGUUGUACUGAUCAACGGCAGGGAUAUAGCAGAACAUACCCAUGAUCAAGUUGUUAUGUUUAUUAAAGCUAGCUGUGAGAGACACUCAGGGGAACUUGUGCUCCUAGUUCGACCCAAUGCUGUCUAUGAUGUUGUGGAGGAGAAGCUGGAGAGCGAGCCUGACUUCCAGUACAUCCCUGAGAAAUCUCCACUUGAUGGUGUCCAUCAAGAUGAUAAUGCUCUGAGGGAAUCCAUGAUUCAGCUGGCAGAGGGGCUUAUCACUGGAACAGUUUUGGCUCAGUUUGAUCAAUUGUAUAGGAAAAAGCCUGGAAUGACAAUGUCUUGUGCCAGAUUACCUCAAAACAUUUCCAAAAAUAGAUACAGAGACAUUUCGCCUUAUGAUGCUACACGGGUUAUUUUAAAAAGUAAUGAAGACUACAUCAAUGCAAAUUAUAUAAAUAUGGAAAUCCCUUCUUCCACAAUAAUAAACCAGUACAUUGCCUGUCAAGGUCCAUUACCGAACACUUGUCCUGAUUUUUGGCAGAUGACUUGGGAACAAGGCUCAUCUAUGGUUGUAAUGUUAACAACUCAAGUUGAACGGGGCAGAGUUAAAUGCCAUCAGUACUGGCCAGAGCCAUCAGGAAGCUCAUCAUAUGGGAAUUUCCAGAUUACCUGCCAUUCAGAAGAAGGAAAUCCUGCUUAUGUCUUUCGAGAAAUGACAUUGACUAAUCUAGAGAAAGAGGAAAGCCGCCAAUUAACCCAAAUCCAGUAUAUAGCAUGGCCUGAUCAUGGGGUUCCUGAUGAUUCCAGCGAUUUCCUGGAUUUUGUGUGUCUUGUGCGAAAGAAGAGGGCUGGCAGAGAGGAACCUGUUGUUGUUCAUUGCAGUGCUGGGAUUGGACGGACAGGAGUUCUUAUCACUAUGGAGACAGCUAUGUGUCUCAUUGAGUGCAAUCAGCCUGUUUAUCCAUUAGAUAUUGUAAGAACCAUGAGAGAUCAAAGAGCCAUGAUGAUCCAAACACCUAGUCAAUACAGAUUUGUAUGUGAAGCUAUUUUGAAGGUGUAUGAAGAAGGAUUUAUUAAACCUUUACAACCAUCACUGCAUAAGUAAAGAGCAAAAAAACAUAGGAUAUCAAUUGAGGAAUCUUGUCCUCUAUAAUGAACUGGCAGCAUUCGUCGUGCCGUAUUACUGCUUGCAGGAAAUGAUAGUGAAGUACAGCAAAGAAUUGACAAAGGACUUUGAAAACUUCAGCACUGUUGCACUUUACGUUGAAACAAAAUCAGUCUCUGAAACUCUUCUAACCUUCAUAUGUUUGAAGACUUUAUUUUCGUGCUUUGCUCCAAACAAACCAUAAACUGAAAGAACUAAUUGUGUUCAGGGUAAUCUACGAUAUUUCAUUGUAGUGCCAUAUACUGCGCUUCUGGUUGAAUUGCUACAAACAAGGCUUGGAAUUAUUUCACUCUGUUUUACACCCGUGUCUCUUAAAAUGAAAAACAAAUGAAAAAACACACUAAGCCAUGGUCUUUUUCCAGUGCUAGGUUUAUUUACUAUGUACAGAAUCUCACUGUUUUGUUUUUUACAACAUUAGCAAUAUUGCCGAUACUAGAUAGAUACACACUGCCUACUGAUGCAGCACACUUAGUCCUACACCCUUACUAGAGACCAGCUGGUUAUUAGAGGAAAGCUGGCGUCUGUGUUAACCCAGCAGUAGCUGCAUAAUGCCCACUUACCAGCAUCUUGUACAAAAUAAUAAUAAUAAUGAUAACAAUAAAAAUAAUAAUAAAAAAAUAAACAGCAUUUCUUUGACACAGCUUGUGUGUCAUACACUGGUGUAUUCUGAUUCGUGUGACAAGAGUACGUGAUGGGAACUAGUGCAUGCAUUAUGUCUUAACCCCUUAAGUGCCUUGAGACUUACAGCGUACAUCCAGUGAAAGGCACUCAUGGUUCUGUGGGGGUGGUAUUGUCCUGUCAUAUUUAUCUUAAUGGGUUCAGAUUUUAAAAACGGCCCUUGGUGCUUGGAAUGUGUUACCGCAAGGGGUCAUGGAAAUACCAUUCCCUCUUUCCUUAUACAAGUACCUGCGUGCUAUUCUCGGUAGCAAAAGCACCUCUGCCAACUUAAUGAAUGAGCAUUGUAUGCUGCUGUAUUGUAACUAUGUGAAAAAUCUGACACAUUCCUUCAUUCCUUCCAACUAGUAACUUACUAGCAGCUUACUAUGAAAUGCUGGUAGGUCAUUAGGAACUGAUACAAUGUUUUAUCCUUCUAUUGAGAAUAGCUGUCUUACUUGAUUAGAACAUAACUCUUUAACAGCACUGAUAAUUAAGUUGAACUUACAAUCAGAUGUGAUUUAGUUCCAUCAUCUCUUAACCAAUUAAGUCCUCAUAGUUGAUUUCAAGCCAUGUUCGUACAGGUCUGCCUUUUAUUUAAUUGUUUGAGUGGGGGGAAGGGAGGAGAACACUAUGAAGUUUUCCCAGAACUUUAUUUUAAUUCCAUAGUGACCCCAGUCCCCUUCUGUUAUGCUUGUGCAAAAUUGUUCCAGUUGAUAUGGGUUGCUUCUUACUUAAUUUGGUAGAAGAUGUGUAAGAAAUAUCUGUCUGAUACAGUAUCUGAACUCGUUCUAAAGAUACAUAAAUGUCCCAGUUUUUUAACAUUUUUCCAGUAUAGGAAAAACAAGUCAGAAGCAAGGUAUCCAGUGUAAUAUACUGUAAGAAAAAAAUCAGUCACUUCUUUGACUGCCCUGUGACAACAUAACUUUGUACCCUCUAUUUAAAAGUUUUAAUUUAUUGUAUUGGUUUCCUGAAAAUGUUUAUCCAGUAAAUCUUGUUGUAAGCUAUAUAGAGCAUAGAAUUAAAAUGGAAAGUUCUACACUAAAUAAUUUUUAACUAUCAAAGAAUUAUAUUAUAUAAUAUACUGUGUUCUAUGGACAUUUGAAAGAGAUCAGCUAUGAAUUAUUAAAUGAGAAGGGAUUCAGACAAAGUGAAAUCCUGGCUUAUGACUUCAGUGAUAAAUGUGAAAGACAAUGCCAAAUGGAAGAUAGAGUUUUAAAUAUUUUUAGAAAACAAAAUAAUAUUAGGUGGUCUGUGGCCCUGUUACUUACAUUUCUAGGUUUGAUGCUUAAAUCGAUAUUAUCCCUCAGUGAAAAAUUAAUCUUACAAGAAUCUCUGGAUCUGAUAAACUGAAAAAGAGAAAUAAGGUAGCUUUAAUCUCAGUUUUAUUUAAAGCCAUUUGCAACAAAACAAAAUUCUUCUUUAGAAUUCUUCUUUAACUUCCACGUGAUGAGAUUAUUAGCUGAGAUGCUGGCUAGUUGGAAGGUUAUUUUAAACUCAGCACUUACAAUUAAUCCAUUUUAUUGAAAUAAAUUUUCUUCAAGUUGUAAAUGAAAGUAGCAUUUGCCCUUUUAUUCGGAGGGAAAACUGAAAUGGAGUUUAUAGCAACAUUAUAUAGUGUUGGUAUGUCACAUAUUUAAAUAUUCUUAUGUAAAGUUGCCAAAGCAAUUUGAGUUCAAAAGACCCAUUUAUACCACAAUUAAGUGUGGGAUAUGUAUUGGUCAUCUGUCAUUACUGCUUUGAUUACAAACAGAGGCAAAAAUAAUUGCUCUCUUCAAAAUCCUGCUCUGCACUGACUUAAACUGAUUUGUAAUGUAUAUAACUAGUUGCACUGGGAAAAAAAUUGGAAAAAAGUAACUAUUCUUAGAUAAUUGGCCAUCAGGGACUCAGUGGCUUUUUGGCUUCUCCAAAUCCAGGAUAGUGGUAACCAAAACCUGAUUGAAAAUAAAGAGAAAUAAAAGGGAAAGAGAAUAGCAUUGAAGCCUUUCUGCACCAUAAAUCAUUUGUUCAAAUGUUCCUACCUGUUGUGGUAUAAAUGGCCUUUAAAAUAUUUUUAUAUGGCCAAAAAAAGCUGAACUGCUAAAUAUUUUACUUUGGGUUAUGAAGAUCUGUAUCAUCCUUAAGAGUUUUUAAAAGAAGUUUUUGUAUGUUUCAUGCUGUACAAAACAUGAAUGUAUCUUUCAGACAUAAUGACCUAUAGACCUAUAUGUGAUUGGUGUUAUGACUGUUGGAUUUUAUGAAUAAUUAUUUUCAUACCAUUUGAUUAGGAAAAAUAUUGGGUGGGUGUGGGAAAGAGUAUGUUUGUAACACUUCCAUAGUACGAAUCCAGUUAAAAAAAAAAAAGAAAAAAAAAAUAUUCAUUGUAAAUAAGAGCAAUAUUCUGACAAUUUUGUGCCAAUGUAUAAUGUUAAGACUUUUGUUUUCCUGUUAGGUUCAGAUUGAAAACUACCACUACCAUCUCUUGUUUAAAGUGGAUUUUUAAGGGUUUUUUUAGUAGAAAGACAUGGGGCUCUAGUGGGGGCUUUGAGUGUUUUGGGGGCAUUUUUUAUUUUUGCUAGAUAUGAAGUAAGAUGCAGGUGUUGAUUAAUAAACCACCUACAGAUUGUCAGCCAAUCCACUCUGAGAAAUACUGCUUUAGAUAUACCAGAUAACUGAGCUGAAGAAUUCAUUUAUGCUGAAUUUGGAAGCAUUUGUUAUUUUAAAUAACUUGCAAGUCUUAAGCAGUAAAAUACUGCUUUUAUGCAUUUUAUUUUUAUAUAUUUUUUCCCAGUUAUGAAAAAUAGGAAGCCUGUGGGGUUUUCUUCUCACUAGAGUUAAUGCUGUCUGAUGUUUCUUCCACAUUUCUCUGUUAAGUCUUGAAAGCUUAUGUCCCGUAUAGGUAAAGCGGUACCACUUAUAGCAUCUCUGAUUACAGUCUGGCACACCAUCUAUUAGAGAAAGCAGUUGGGAGAUACAGGAACAUGAGGAGUUUGUUACGGAACCUGUGUAGCCGGCAGCUUUCCCUGGACACCUUCCAAAAAGCUUUGUGGUACCCAUAGAAGGGCCCAAAUGCAGCGGACCUGCUGCAGUUGCACUGCCCAGGGAGACGGGAGGUAGGGAAGGUCUGGCAUGGAGUUGCUGGAGCUGAACUGUGUGAUAUUUCUAUGCUUCUGCAGUGUGUGUGCAGGUGUGUGGGUGACGUUUGAUGGCUCAGGGAAUUAGCAUGAGCAUGAAAAACUAUGGAUCCACCAAUUCCCAAAGCAUGUUGUACAAUGUGUAUGCUGUAGUUUUGACUGUAGGGCUACUAUGCAGGUAAUCUUCAAGACCCUCGGCCCUGAGGAUAAAGGGAGGGAUUGGGUUAUCAUCCAAAUUAAAAUUUUGCAUAUUUGGACUUCCACAAAGUGCAGGAAUGAUGCCCUCUAAUGUCGGUUGCAGUCUUUUGGUAGCUCACAUCUUGGGUUCCCACUUGCCUGGGUGUAUUUGUGAAUUUAAGUACCCACCUUUUCUCUGGAGACCGGAAAAGCUCUUUUCCAUUACUUUUAGUGCUAGGAUCCAAAAUCAAAAUCUGGUAAAAAGAUAUUCAUUGAUUAGAUGUGGAUCUUGCAUGAAAUUGCAGGGAUUAUGAGUGUUGAUUGGGAAGCUGUUACAAGGGGAAAAUGGUUUGUUUGUUGCAGUGUAACUGUUCUGUCCAGUCUGUAUUAUCCCACUGCAGUUAUAAAUUGAAACUGAUUUUAUUAUUUUUUUUGCGUUUUUGUUUAGUGGUCUGCAAAGGGGGCCAGCUUGUUAUCAGUGGAUUCUACCUCUGUGCUGGCUGUUACCAUGAGCAUGCAUCUUUCCAGUUCAUAGGGCUUCUCUAGCUACAAGUUUUUAACUGGUGCGUAAGCUGUAAGCUCUUGACUGUUGGCUUUGGCAUGUUGUACUGAUUGAGAGCUCAGUGGUAAAAACUGCAGAAAAAUCACUUUAUAAAAAAAAUGCUGAAAUUUUCAAUUAAAAAUAUAGGACUUUUUGAUUUCUUUCAACAAGUAGCCUCAUUUAAAACAAAACUUGCCACUAAAAUAUCUAGCAUUCUAGUCUGCUAUAGCAUGAACUAUGGUUUUGCAGACUGGCUGACAGUUUGUUGGUUGUGUUAUUUUGUAUUUAGCAAGCUUAUGUUUUUUAAAGGGUAAUUUUUUUCCAAGUGUUUUGAUGUUUGAAUAGUAGCACUUUAUUUCAUGCUUACUACUGACUGAACUAUUGGACAAAAUGAAUUGGGUUUGGAGAGAGAUGUUUAAUGGGUCUCUGUACAGAGAUUAUUCAGAUUACACCCUGGUACGAAUGCUUUCUAUUGUUCCAGCCAUUUCUGGUUUGUUGUUCAUGUAUUUAUGAGGGAUUGUCAGAAAAUGGAUAUUAAUAAGGUAUUAAUAAUUCUACCAUCUCAUUUUUCCUGUUUUAAAAAGAAUAUAAAGCCUUGCAUUUGAAAAAAAAAAAAAGGUGCAAAUAGAAACUACAGGGUACUUGUAAUUUUAACUCUGUGAUCUCUCUCAGCUAGCUGCAGAUUAGGUAUUGUUUACUGUAAAUGUUUCUGCUAAGCAUUAUUUUUAACAUUAGAUCAAUUACCUGGAAAUCAGUAUUUUUUUUUACUUAACUUAUUUGAAUUUUGAUAACUAAAGGUAAUGCACAACGAAGUUUAAAGAAGUUGUCACCCUUUUACUCCUAGGCCAGGGGCCUAAGACAUGAGUGAAAGGGUUAAACAGUUUACAUUAAGCUGUUGUUUUCUUUAACUAGAAUAUAUCCACAAAGACUAGACUAUAAACGAUCCAGUGCAAUUAUCUCAGUACAUUGGGGUACCACAGUAACAACCCAUAAUAAUCUUACAGGAAAAUUAAGGUAAGAAAACAAAGGUUGUAUUUCAUCCAGCAUAUCUGGAUUUGUUUUCCAUUUGCUUUGGUUUGUUUACCAGUGAUCCCAUUUUAACCAGUCAAUUUGGCAGGGCUGUUUGUGUAAGGUUUGGGGGUUUUCUGUAACAGGUGCUAUACUGUGUGUAAAUAUAAAGGGAAGAAUAUUAUGUAGAUCGUUAUUAACAAUCAGAUGGUGGCAAUAUUUUUUGCUAGUUACUUCUGGUAAUUGAUUUGCAUUUCCAGCUGCGGCUUUCAGUUGCCAAAUUUCAUCUCAGUUUCGUACUGCUGAAUGAUGGACUGCAAGUGUGAAGUAAAUCAUCUCGGAGUUGAAUAGCUCUUUUGUUAUAUACUAACUCUUGUGUAUCUUUAUUAAUGUUGGGGGGAUGGGAAGGUUCUUCCCCUAAGUUGACUUUUGCCUAUAAAUUUGUUUAAAAGCACAUGAGGGAGGGGGAGGAAAAAAAAAAAACCCACAACUAAAUGCAACAUCUUGGCUAAACAGCCAGGGUGAUUAAUUGAAAAUGUUGGAAACUUGAAAUUGGUCAACACUGGACAAUGUGAAAAUAAAUUCAGCUUUUGUCACUGCAGCUACUGUAUGCUUUAAAGGGCCUUAUGUAUUUGUUCUCAUUUUGAUAAAAUGAAAUUUCUUGCCAUUAAAAUGAUACACUAACUUCUACCGAAAACCAGCAGUUCCCAGGAUAAAUAUGCUAAUUAACAUUUAACAAGUCUUGUUUUAGUCUUAAGUAAAAUUUCAUUCUAUUAUGUGAAAAAAUGCUGUUAUGCAUAUUUUGUGGAUAUAUUUAAUUUCAGUUGACAAAUAGUUGUUCUAGGUACAGACUUGAAAUAUAUAUAUAGUUUACUUGUGGAUCUUAAUUGUUUAAUUGCAAAAUAAAGAUGUGCUUUAGUAAUUUAA